AUGCGGGACGGUGGGUUAGGCGGCAAAUUGGUGAAGAGGAUGAAGCGGUUCGGUGAUACUUUGAACCCCGAUGAUGCGUACUUGAGCUAUCAUGAUAUCCGACUAACGAGAGGAGACAUGCAAUCUCUGAAGGAUGACUGGCUCACUGAUAAUGUGAUUUCGUUUUGGGAGGAGUGCGUUAGCCCAAAAUCCUCUCUCUGUUUCCGGAUGUCAUUAAUGAGAUGCGUCAGGUAUCUUGAACGGGAAUUCCUCACCCAUUCUAAAUCAGCCAAUAUCGUCCUUCUGCGCCCCAGUAUGUCCUUCAUGAUUCUUCAGACCCCGGAUCCUCGGACACUCCGCGAGGCCCUCCCAGACUUCUCCCGCACAACGCACGUCUUCCUCCCCAUCAAUGACUGUCGCAACGUCACCGAAGCCGAGGGCGGCACGCACUGGUCGUUGCUGCUCGUAUCCAUCGUCGACGGUCUCGCCUUUCACUAUGAUUCGUUGCCUCCUGGGAACUACUUAGAGGCGCACGCCGUGACGAUGAAGCUGGGGAACCUUUUGAAUCGGAAUAUCCGAUACGUGAAUCUUGAGGACUCACCUGUUCAAGAGAACGGAAGCGACUGUGGAGUGUUCGUUUGUUUGAGUAUGCGGUAUCUUUUGUUGAAGCGGUUAUUGACGGCGAAUACAAACGAGAAGGUCAGUCUGAGCCUAGGCGGGAGGAAAGUCGAUGCGAGAUCCGGGAGGAAGGAGAUUGCGCGGAUCAUUGAGGGGUUCAGGAAGGAGGGGGAGAGGCGGAGAUCGGCGAGUAUGAGCCCGAUGGGCCAUAGGUCAACAAGUCCGCCAAGAAUUGAGUGA